AUGGACGCUUUAGUAAUUAUACAGAAUGUCCUUAUUGGUGUAUUCUUCUUAGUUGUUGGUGGGUAUAUCUAUUUGAAGAUUAUCGGACGUUUAGUCCAUUAUAACGCAAAUACACCUGUAUCAAAACCAGAUCCUAACGUUAAUAUCGACCAUGUUAGUUUCCUUACGAUUGAUAUGCAGAUGCACCCAAAGAUCUUCCAUCCAUUUCACGAUCAGAACAACGAGUUAAGAAUUCAUGAAUUACUUAAACACGUUAAGCAGUAUGACGUUGUUGCAAUUAACGAAGCACAUUCAUCUCCAUUCCACAGUAUCAAGAGCUUUGCCAACAGCAUGAAAGAAUUAGGAUUCAAUUAUUCCUGUGGAUUACCAAAUGUUGAGAUGGCAUCAAUUGCUGUUGCAGAUGGUGGCGUUAUAAUCUUCUCAAAGCUCCCAAUCCUUCAACAUGACUACACUAUAUUCCAACUCUGCUGUGGACAAGAUUAUUUUGUUUCCAAGGGCUCAGUUUACGCAAGAAUCCAAACAACAGCGACACAGUACAUCCAUGUAAUAGCUACAAACUUGCAAUCUCUCACGGAUAACUCCAUUCCAGAGAGCCAAGCUGUACGAAUGAACCAAAUAAGAGAAACAAUGAGAUUAAUCUCUAAAAACCAUACACAGGAUCAAUUCCCAGUCAUUGUUCUCGGCAAUCUUAACAUUGAUUCCAUCAAACCAAUCACAGCCGGAAAAUUAACCAGAAACGAAUACGAAAGACUCCUCAAUUCAUUCAAAGUUGAUAAGUGCGAGUUCAUCGACCUCCUUUACGACUCUCAGCAUGAUCAUGUUCCAACUUAUGGAGCUGGCGACAAGAUUAUUACUGAUAAACGUGACAUCAACAAGAACUUGUCAACUGAUUACGUCAUCGCUUUCAACCCUCUCGAAGGUCCUUACUACAUUGGUGCUCACGUUACAGGAGUUGUCAAACUUGAGGCUGAUAACAAGAAGUUCAACUACAUUUCAUCACAUUUUGGUGUUGAAUCAACAGUUUCAUUCGCAAACAGAGCUCCUGAAGCAUAA